CGCGGGGGUUCCAGAGCAGCGACAGCUACGGACUAAUUAGCAUUACUAGUCUCUCCCUCUCUCUCCCUCGCCCUCCAACUCACCGCACCUCUCCCGUCUCCGCAUCUUCCCACUUCCCACCUCCCACCUGCAUUUUCUGCAUCUCUUACUGUUGUUUGAUUUUUGACUUCCUUCUCAACUGUACUCCCUUACUUUAUCACUGCCCGUCAUGGAAGAUAUUGCCCCCGAAUACGAUGUUGUCGUGCUCGGCACUGGUUUGACGGAGUGUGUCCUUUCUGGUGUCCUCAGUGUCAAGGGAAACAAGGUCCUCCACAUCGACCGUAAUGAUCACUACGGAGGAGAGGCUGCCUCGGUGAACAUUGAGACUUUGUUCAAGAAGUACGGCAAUGUCCGCCCCGGUGAAGAGCCCUGGAAGAAGUAUGGACGGGUCAACGACUGGAACAUUGACCUGGUCCCCAAGUUGCUGAUGGCGAACGGCGAGUUGACCAACAUUUUGGUCUCCACCGACGUGACGAGAUACUUGGAGUUCAAGCAGAUUGCUGGUAGCUACGUCCAGCAAGGAAAGGGCCCUAAGGCUACCGUGGCCAAGGUGCCCUCGGACUCUGCUGAAGCUCUGCGCUCGUCUCUUAUGGGCAUGUUCGAGAAGCGGAGGGCUAAGAAGUUCUUGGAGUGGGUUGGUGAAUUCAAGGAGGAUGACCCCGCCUCUCACCAAGGCUUGAGCAUCAACCAGUGCACCAUGAAGGAUGUCUAUGACAAGUUCGGCCUGGAAGACAACACCCGUGACUUCGUCGGACAUUCCAUGGCCCUGUACCAGUCCGAUGAGUACAUCAACAAGUCGGGAAUGGCCCCCGAAACCAUCAACCGCAUCCGCUUGUACGUCAACUCCAUGGCCCGGUACGGCAAGUCGCCCUACAUCUACCCCCUCUACGGCCUGGGUGAGCUUCCUCAGGGCUUCGCCCGUCUCUCUGCCAUCUACGGAGGCACCUACAUGCUCAACACCAACAUCGACGAGGUGCUCUACGACGAGAGCGGCAAGGUUUCGGGCAUUAAGGCCACGAUGAAGGACCGGGAGGACAGCAACGCGACCAUGAACUUCACCACCAAGACCAAGAAGAUCCUGGCCGAUCCCUCCUACUUCCCUAGCAAGGCCAAGGUUACCGGUUACUUGCUGAAGGCCAUCUGCAUUCUGAAGCACCCCAUCGACAAGACCGACGGCAGCGACUCUCUGCAGCUGAUCAUUCCUCAGUCCCAGGUUGGCCGGAAGCACGAUAUCUACAUUGCCAUGGUCUCGUCCGCGCACAACGUUUGCCCCAAGGGCUACUACAUCGCCAUCGUCUCGACCAUUGCCGAGAGCGAGGCUAACCACCACAUCGAGCUUGAGCCUGGUUUCGAGCGUCUGGGUGAGAUCGAGGAGAAGUUCUUCGGACCCCCCAUUCCCCUUUACGAGCCCCUGGAGAGCGGCGAGAAGGAGAACAUCUUCCUCUCCAAGAGCUACGAUGCUACGUCUCACUUUGAGACUACGACCGGUAAGUUUCACUCUGAAAGUUAUUCUUGAAGACUCGACAGCGUGGUACUAACUUUGAUUAGAUGAUGUGCGGGACAUCUACCGCCGGGCGACGGGUGAAGAGCUUGUCGUCGAGGGCCUUCGGGAAGACCAGCGUCUUGCGCAGGAAUAGAUGUGCUUCCCUGAUGCCCCUGAAGACUGAAUAAUAAUAUAUCAUUGCUUUGGAUGCUUUGAGUUGAGCCAUAAAUAUUGAAAGUUUUCUUUUUUGUUUCCUUAUUACUCAUCUCGCUUUUCUUUGUUCCUCUCUCUAUAUCCAUUCCUCAUCAAUCACAACAAACCCGAACAAAUCUUGGAAUCAGCGUGUUUGCUUUCCGAUCUCUCAAUCAAUCGAGUAGAAGUAACUGGAUAUCAGGACAGGGACGAUCUUGGUACAGUCUGGUGCUUCUCAUGUCAAUACUUUCAUAGUCAAUAAGAUUCGAGUUCAUCAUAUG